GAUUAUAAGUUUCUAGUAAGUAAUAACGGCAAAAGGCCUGGAAAUAAAUUAAUAUAUAAGGAUAAUACUAAUACCUCCCUGGAAAAUACUAAGAUUAACCUUAGUUCUAAUCUGAUUAUUUAUAUAAAAGUAUUUGCCCUUAUAUAUAAGUAUAAGAUAUAUAAACUUAAAUUAUUAUUAGUAGCUAAGUUUAAGGUAGUAGCCUAG